GAGAUUAAGACAAGGAAAUGCUGUUCCUUCGUUAAUUAUCCUUUUAAGUAAUCAUUAUUUUUUUGAAUUAUCCUUAGUACCAAUACUACAACAGUGAAGUCAGUGACAAAACGAAUCGUCGAAAUCUAGAGAUUUUUAGUUCGAUGUUUUAGCAUCUGUCUGUCGGUUGCUGUUCUGAUCCAAUAAGCCGAAUUUUAAUAAUGGCGGCCGAUCCGUCGCGGUCCGCCGUUAAAUGUCAAUUGAGAGAGAAAAAUUUGAAAUAGUGGCAAAGUGGAAGUGUUUCGUGUAUAAAAAUGGCGGCAAAAGAGCCUGAAACCAUCGAAGAUGGUAUUCCCGAGCCCGGUAUCGAACCAGGUGCCUCUGCAGAAACUAUGCUGGUUACGACCGAUAGUUUCGAGGAGUACGAACAAGAAAUGAGUAGUAGCAUCGACGAUAGACACAUGAAAGAAAGCACAACGAGCACUAUCUCAGAGAUUCAGGAAGACGUGCAAGACGUUCUUCCUACACCAAUUAGAACUAGUCCACGGGACCUUCAAAAAACAGCUUCUGUCGAUGAUUCCGAAGUAGAGGACAUCACACAUCAGUUAGGUCACAGUAGUUUAGAUUUUAAUCCAUUACGUUGUAAAAUAUGGCUGGCCCAAAGGAAACAUAUAUUUAUACUGAGCCAGGCAGGAAAACCCAUAUAUUCUAGAUAUAGUUCAGAAGACAAACUAGCCACAACUAUGGGAGUCAUGCUGGCCCUAGUUUCGUUUGUCCAAGCAGACAGUGAUAUGAUUAGAUCUGUACACGCGGGAGAUACUAAUUUUGUAUUUGUUGUCAAAGGUCCACUGAUCUUAGUUGCAGUCUCAAAAACACUCGAAAGUGUACCUCAACUUACGUUACAGUUAACAUAUGUAUAUAACCAAAUAGUUUCUGUGUUAACACAAUCACAGUUAACUAGAGUAUACGAUCAGCGUAGGAAUUUUGAUUUGCGAAGAUUGUUAACUGGUAGCGAAAGACUGAUAGAUCAUCUAUUAAAUUUUAUGGAUAGAGAACCAGCAUUCUUUCUAGGAGCUAUUAAAUGUUUGCCUUUACUUCCUUUGAUGAGAAGUUCCAUCACACAAACCAUCAUUCAAACAUGCAGUAAAAUCAAGAAUUUAGUGUUUGCAAUUCUUCUAGCUAAUAAUCAGCUGGUAACAUUAGUUAGAAUGAACAAAUUCUUUUUACACCCUGGAGAUUUACACAUAAUACAAAAUUUGGUCGAUAGCUCGGAGUCGCUUAAAACAGCCGAGAGCUGGACGCCAAUAUGUCUACCAAAAUUUGAUCCCAAUGGUUAUAUGCACGGUCAUGUCUCGUAUUUGGCCGAGGAUUGUCAAGCAUGCUUACUAUUGCUAACAGUCGAUAGAGAUGUAUUUUUCGUACUUUCCGAAGCAAAACAAAAAAUUGUAGAAAAAUUGAGACGGACAAAUUGUUUGGAAGCAAUUAACGAAUCUAUGAACAAACCGCCCAUCACAACUGCUGACAUUGGAUUGCCAGAAAUGCGGCACGUUUUGUACAAAUGUAGGAGUACAGCACAGUUUUGGAGCCCGGGACUUCAACCUCCAUAUACAACGGACGAAGAAAUAGAACGAUUAUUAGGACUUUACCAAUGUUUACACCAUAGGCUACAUGCUCCAAAUCGACCGUUAAAACUCAUAUUUCAGCAAUUAGAUAAGGAGACCAUGUUAGCAUGGGUAACAGUAGGUUUUGAACUCUAUGUUACAUUUGAACCACUUGUAACAAAGCCUGAUGCUAUUGAAGCAGUCAGUAAAUUAUUGAAAUGGAUUAAAAAGGAAGAAGAGAGAUUAUUUAUUUUAAAUUCACCAACAUUUUAAAAGCUGAAAUCAGUCAUAUUUUAAAGUGUUAUUUAUCGGACGAAUACAAUUUGUUAAUAACGAAAGAAAACCGAAUCAACGGUGGGUUCAUUCAUAUUUUUUCUCACACAUAGAUAAUAUACUUUUGCUCAUUAUUUUUAAUUAUAAAAAGUAUUGUUAUUCGAAGUACACACGUGGAAAUGUAUAUAUUCAAAGAUAUUAUACGUGUAAUCGAAUAGAUUACAUUUAUAGACAGGCUAUGACAUUCUCAACUUAGUUUAUUACAUGGUGCUUGAGAAAAUUUGUCAUUGUAUUGUUUAACAAAUUUAUAUUAACAAUUGCAAUGAUAAAUGUUUUCUACUGUUUUGUAAAUAAACCUAAAAGUAACGGUCAGUGUAUCGUCUUGUUAAGUCGAAGAAAUGAUUCCAGUAUGAAUGAAUAGCAUGUUAUGGCAAACAAAUAUUGUUAAUUGAAACACAUAAUGUACGGAUACUGUAAGCUACUAUGUAGCGUUUCUAUCGAUGAGUACUAUAAUUUUAAUAUGAAACUAUUCUCAGCA